AUAUAUAGAUGCUCAUGUCUGUAGCUCAGAAACACAAAGCUUAAUUUGGGGAUUCCUCAACAUGGAAUCCGCAAACGUUGUGACUUCUGAGAUGAACCAAAACCAACAAAAAUGGCGAGGCCAAGCUUGUGCGGACUUGGCAGGUCCAAAGGCAGACCAAAUAUGGCCCUUCUUGGAGGACUUCUUCGGCCUCGACAAGUGGUUCCCGACCCUCACCACUUGCUCUCCGGUCGAGGGUGUCUCAGGCCAGCCCGGAUGCGUCCGCUACUGUGCCGGGUUCAGGACCCCGGUUGACCAGGACGUCGGUGACGCCGAGACAACGACCCUGAAUUGGACGAAGCAGAAGCUGUUGUCGAUCGACCCAGCCGACAAGUUAUUCAGCUAUAGCAUUGUAGACGGCAAUGUCGGGUUCAACUCCUACGUCUCCACGGUCCAAGUCGUGCCCAAGGAAGACGGGUGUCGCAUCGUGUGGCGCUACGAGGUCAAGCCCGUGAACGGCUGGAAACCCGAGGACUUGGACCAGUUCAUCCGGUCGGGCUUGCGGGUCAUGGCCGAGAGGAUGGAGGAGGCUCUUCUUGGUCAAAGCAAACCGACUGUACUCCGAAACUGAUCUCAUCUGAAUCCGAUGAUUUGCUUUUGUGCUCGCGUGAUAGUCUUGAAGCUGUGUGAUGCGGUGAGGAAGAGGACUGAUAGUCUGGGCUAUAGUACGUAUUAGCUCUCCAAUUAUUUCACAAUAGUUCGUAAGUUUGGUCAUUAUGCCUGAUUCGCAGUAGAUUUAGAGUACCAUUUUGUACGUCCAAAUUCCACUUACAUAUAUUUGAGCUAAUUUCGGAUUGUCUUUUGCUGCA